GAAUUCCCUCCUUUCUCAACUACCUUCUUUCCUCUCUUUCUCUCUCUAUAAAUUCUCUCCCUUUAUAGAGAGAGAAAGAGAGAAACCAACCAUGGCGGAAGCUACUCGAGCCCGAAUCCUAAUCGCCGCGACACUGCUCCAGGCGGCGGCAGUAUUGUACGGUUUUCCGGCGACAAUGAAUUUGGAGAGAGCAUUUCCAACAAAUCACCGAGUUGAGCUGAGUCAACUCAGAGCUCGAGACAGACUCCGGCACGGCCGGUUAUUACAAUCCACCGGUGAAUCUUUCGUCGAUUUCCCCGUUGCCGGAACCUUCAACCCAUAUCUCGUUGGGCUAUAUUUCACACGUGUGAAAUUGGGUUCUCCUUCACAAGAAUUCUAUGUACAAAUCGACACGGGAAGUGAUGUUUUAUGGGUCAAUUGUAAUUCUUGUAAAGGUUGCCCAAAAUCAACUUCACUAAAGAUUGAGUUGAAUUCUUUUGAUGUUGGGAGUUCAAACACAGCUUCAAUGGUUUCAUGUUCAGACCAAAUAUGUAAACUUGGACUUCAAUCAGGUGACUCUGCUUGUUCUGGUCAAUCUGACUUUGAUCAAUGUAUUUACUCAUUUCAAUAUGGAGAUGGUAGUGGAACAUCUGGUUACUAUGUUCAAGAUUUGCUCUAUAUGGACACCGUUCCCGCCGAUUAUGACGACCCGACGAAUACUAAUUCGUCGGCCAAUGUCGUUUUCGGAUGUAGUACUUCAGCAACUGGGGACUUAACUAGCAAAAAUGCAGCAGUUGAUGGGAUUUUCGGGUUUGGUCAGCAACAAAUGUCGGCGAUUUCGCAGUUAUCUUCACAAGGAAUAGCACCAAAUGUUUUUUCUCAUUGCUUUAAAGGAGACAAUAGUGGUGGUGGCAUUUUAGUUCUUGGUGAAAUUGUUGAACCAAACAUGGUUUACACUCCACUUGUUCCAUCUCAGCCUCAUUACAAUCUGAAUUUGCAGAAUAUAUCUGUUAAUGACAAAGUAUUACAUAUUGAUCCAGAAGAGUUUACAACAUCAACCAAUAGGGGAACCAUAAUUGAUUCUGGAACAACUUUGGCUUAUCUUGCACAAAAUAUUUAUGACCCUUUUGUCAAUGCUAUUACUAAUGCUGUUAAUUCAGAACAAGUAACUCUUGUUACAUCUCAAGGAAAUCAAUGUUACAUUAUCACUUCCAGCAUCACUACUCAUAUUUUCCCUCAAGUAAUUUUCAACUUUGCUGGAAAUGCAUCUAUGGUUCUAGGGCCUAAAGAUUACCUUCUAGAGCAAAAUUCAAUAGAUGGAGCUGAGCUAUGGUGCAUUGGAUUUCAAAAGAAUCAAGGUCAAGAUACAACUAUACUUGGAGACCUUGUUCUAAAAGAUAGAAUUGUGGUCUAUGAUUUGGGUGGUCAAAGAAUUGGAUGGGCUGAUUAUGACUGUUCAAUGACAGUAAAUGUUUCAGCUAACAGUAGCAGUGGAACAGAGUUUGCUAAUAUGGGACCUCGAACCAUAACCAAUAAUUCAUUUAAGAACAAACCUCUAACCAUAAUCACACUUUCUAUUCUAAACAUUUUCUUCUCAUAUUUUCAUUUUGGUAUUAUUAACUAUCUAUACAGUUUUACUUAUUAUUCAUAAUACAAAUUCAUUGUAUCAAUUAUUUUUCUAUACAUUAAUUUCGUUUAUACUUUAGUGCUUCUCUCUCAUAUUUUUAUAUUAUACAAUUUUAAUAAGAGCAUUAUUAUAUUGGAUGAGUGGUAAAUAUUAUAUUGAUUUUAUUAUUUAAUAUAAUAUUAUAUUUGGUAUUGACUU